UUGAUUUUUUCUUUAACUAGACACGACUUAAUUUUCGGACGGUUUUCCCUAGGCUUCAGUAUAUGAAUGUCGUUUACCUAAUCUACUAAUAGAAGCCUGCGAUAUUAAUUCAUUUCUAGAUUAUAAUGUUGGCAAACCUGAAAUCGCAUUGAAUGAAAAAUUGAUGAGCUGUGGCCGCUGUGGGUAUCUGCAGUGCGCGUUGUCUUGUGUUGUGAAUGUUAUUGUAAAUAACUUUCAACUGAAAGCUUGCUGCUUGGCCUAUUACUCCUAACCGUGAAAAUGUUUACGCAGAACACUUAAAGUCAACGUGUAUGCGUUGCAAUUCCGUGUUAAAUAUACAUGAAGAAGAGCUGCAUUUCAAUAGAAUAGACGUCGUUCUGUCUUGACGAUAUAGUCGUGUUGCUCAUAGAGCGGGAACCAUUAAAUAUUGCACAAUGGCAGAUUUCGAUGCAAUUUAUGAAGAAGAAGAAGAAAAUGAACAAAAUUUGGAGGAACAGUACGUGAAAAUGGUGCCAGAUCCUAUAGUUAUUCGCGGAGCUGGCAAUAUGACUGUAUUUGGACUUAGUAAUCGUUUUGAUUCAGAAUUUCCAAAUGGCUUGGUAUCUCGUAUUGCUCCAGAAGAAUUUAAAGCAACUAUUAUGAGAAUAAACAGUGUACUGAAAAAAACAUUACCGGUUAAUGUUAAGUGGUUAUUUUGUGGUUGCGUUUGUUGUUGUUGUACAUUAGGAUGUUCUCUUUGGCCUGUUAUUUGUUUGAGUAAAAGGACACAACAUUCUUUAAAUAAAUUAUUAGAGUGGGAGAAUAGUAGACUAUAUCACACACUUGGAUUACAUUGGAGAUUAGCAAAACAAAGAUGUGACACUUCAUCCAUGAUGGAAUAUGUUCUUUUAAUUGAAUUUAUUCCAAAGAUACCCAUAUAUAAACCUGACUAAAGAAAAGAUCUGGAUACUUGUAUGACUUAUGCACAUAAUAAAUUAGUGCAACUCUAAGAUGUAAAAAGCCAACAGCUUCUGGCUUAAUUGUAAAAUAAGAGAAAUUAAGUGUCAUUACAGAAGGCACUUGUGGGAUGCUUAUUUUUGUAAAUAUUAUAUGUAGGAUUGCACAGUACAAUACUGAGAUAUGAAUGCGGAUCA